AAUUUCACUUUUAAACAAAAAGUGUUUUCCGAGUUACACAUAUCAAAAUGAUUGUUAGUAAAGUGUUUCUCUCUUUACUCCUCGCCAUCAACUUUUGUGUAAUUUUUCAAAAUGUAAACUGUCGUUCUGUUCAAUAUCCAAUACGAAGCGAUGUAAUUGUGACUAAGUAUCCAUCCCAAACUCAGGAAACAGUAUCAGAGACCGAAAAACCAGGGUGGAUGAGAAAGACACUUAUGAAAUUUGGAGAAGUUACAAGUCGAUUGGGUAACGCAAUGGGAGCUCAUGCAACCAAAAUAACGUCAGCUAUUGACAAAGUUUGUGAAAUUGUUAAAACGAUAAUUCCACUUAUCGCUGCCGUUUGUCACGUAGGACAAUUUAAAUUUUGUACAGCGACAUCGGAAGCCCCAGGACAACUCGCGGAAGCUCUAAAUCCUGUCAGUUUAAAUUUAGACGAACCAGACAAAAGGAGAUAAGUCCGUUGUGGAAAUAUUUUAUUUACAUUUUUAUAUAAAUUUAAUGUCUUUGAAAAAUAAUUAAUUUUAUAAUUAAACUCUACAAUGUAUUGUACCCAAAAACAAAAAUGAAUGAAUAACAACUUAAGAAGUAAUUAUUUUUUUAUGAUAA